AUGUUUAUGUUUAUGUUUUUGUUUUUGUUGUUGUUUGCAGAAUUGGCCGUAGCCAGUGAAAGCGGAAUUUAUUUUUUUAACACGGAAAGAAAAGAAUUAAUAAACGCCGAAGAUGUACCAGAAUCCAAUAAUUCCUACGUUUUAACUUACGAUUCAUUUUGGAAAAGAAUUUUUUUCGGAAUCGAAAGUAACAUUUAUGUUUAUAACAUGACCGAAAAAAUUGUUUUAGCCAUCGUCGAAGAUGUUCCUAAUGGUGUAGCUAUUAGUUUUUGUAAAAGAUUAUUAUUUUGGACGAAUAGUAAUCAUCGUUCAGCGUCAAUUGAUCGUGCUCAAUUGGAUGGAUCUGAACAUGAAAAAAUAAUCGUAGAUAAUAUAUUCGUACCUUUAGGUAUAACCGUUGAUGACUUAUAUCAAAAAUUAUAUUGGACCGAUGACCAAAAAGGUAUAUAUUUUACAAUUGAAAGAAGUAAUUUCGAUGGUUCCGAUAGAGAAGUGAUAGUUCGACAAACACAUCAGUUACCAUUUGGUAUCGCGGUAACAAAGGAUGCCAUAUAUUGGUCGGACACGGUAAAAAAUAACAUUUGGAUGCUGUCUUCCGAUUCGACCACUAUCAUCAAUCAAACUCAUUACAACACAAACAAACCGAAAAUAUUUUACAAUUUUCGACAAACUGUACCCUACGGUGUGGCCGCGUUUAAAAACGACAUUUCCAAAUGUGAUUCACAAUUAAUCGCACCGUCUUUUAAAAUCAAAGAGGAGAACCACGAAGAACAAACAAAACAGACCAACGUCACCAACAACCCAAUGCGAUUAUAUUGUUUAAACGGAGGAGACCCGAACGGGAGUCGGUGUCGAUGUCGAAAAGGUUUCACCGGAAAUCGUUGCGAGAUAUCCGAGUGUUACAAUUAUUGUCUGAACGGAGGACAGUGUUAUUUAGACAGAGCGGGUUUUCCCGAAUGUCGCUGUCAAUCCGGUUACUUGGGUAACCGUUGCGAGAGAGACGUAUGUUCGGGUUUUUGUCUGAACGGUGGACGUUGCACGGUCAACGAAUCCGUUCCUUUGUGCGUCUGCGGUUCGGGAUAUUCCGGACAAAGAUGUGAAAUAUCAUUAGAUUUUGCAUGCCGUCAAAUAUGUUCGAUGAAUUCGAUAGGCCAAACAACGCCAAAGUGUAAUUGCUCAUCGUUAUCCAUUUACGAAUCGGCCGUUAGUUCGGAGAAAGAGGAAGAAGAAGUAUCGUACAAAUCCAGUGCCUGCCAACAGCAAACAAUAAUAAUAAUUUUUCUAACUUGUUUGCAAGCCUUAACUGUUUUAAUAAUUGCCGUACUGACGAAAAAGGUUUGCCUUUUGCAUCGUCGUCCGAGAAUCAAAAAAAGGAUCGUCGUUAAUAAGGGUGUUAAAAAUCAAACUCCGAUGACGGCGAGACCGCAAAUAAGCACAUCCGAGCAAUGCGAAAUAACAAUUGAAAAUUGUUGUAACAUGAACAUUUGCGAAACGCCAUGUUUCGAACCGAAUCUUCGUUCAUCUCUAUCGUCUCCCCCAACUCUAUCGUCGGCAUCAUCGAAAAAGACUGAAGAAAAAAAAAAUUUAUUGAAAAAUAUGGAAGGAGAUUAUGAAGAAUCCGACGUUUUAUACUCAUAG